AUUCAAACCCUACGGAAAUAAAAUGGCGGGAAAAUUCAGUGCCAUGAGAACAUUUCGCGCCAUUUCUCUUCCUCUUCCUCUAUAUAAACCCUACCCUCACCUUCAAUUUCCAUUUCUCUCGUCAAAUUUAUCCAUUCACCACAGAGUUUCUUCAAUGGCCCAGCCUCAACCAGAGUCCCACGCCACCAAUGGCUCACACGAGCCAUUGCUCAAAAUCCCAAAGCUCCACCAAAACGGCGACGUUUCCGCAACCGCUCCCUUUCUCCGCGUCAAGAAGCUCUCCGACAAGGCCGUUUUGCCCUCUAGGGCUUCCACUCUCUCCGCCGGUUACGAUCUCUCUAGCGCGGUGGAGACGAAGGUCCCGGCGAGAGGGAAGGCUCUGGUGGCCACUGACAUCAGCAUCGCGAUUCCAGAGGGCACAUAUGCUCGCGUUGCGCCGCGUUCGGGGUUGGCGUGGAAGCACUCGAUCGACGUGGGUGCGGGGGUGAUAGAUGCGGAUUACAGGGGUCCGGUUGGGGUUAUACUUUUCAACCAUUCGGACACGGAUUUUGAGGUGAAGGUUGGGGACAGGGUUGCGCAACUUAUCAUUGAGAAGAUUGUGACACCGAAUGUUGUUACAGAGGUCGAGGAUUUGGAUGAGACUGUUAGAGGUGAAGGUGGGUUUGGAUCCACCGGUGUUUGAUUUUGUUCUGUUCUCUUGGUAAUUUUGUAGAGCAGUUGGUGGGUGUAAUCGAAUGAAGAACCUGUCUUUAUCUUUUGGCUUGUUAGUGUUCUGUGUGUGUCCAAGUUAUGAUGGUAUUGAUUUGGUCAUCGGGGAAUGGCAGUAGGUAUUAGGUAAAUGCUUUCAAAGCUAGAAAACUUUAUUGAACAAGAUAAUUAAUUUUAUUAUUGUCUUAAACAUGUUGAUCAGUAA